AUGCUGAAAGAAAUGCAACAGGUGCUGCGUUUGAUCAUGCUAAUGGGAAAGCAAAGGCAAAAGCUGGGCUUAAGGACAGGAGGAGGGCUUUUGCUGCUUUUGUGGACUGACACCGAAGUUUCUACACAAAAGCUGAACUGCACUGUUGCAGCGGCUGGCCCCUGGUGUGCAGGGAUUCAAAUGGAAGCCCUCCAACCUGAGAGCAUGUUUCCCUGUGUGUGGCCAUGUAAUGAGCCUGACCCUGAGGAGCUGAGUGCCUUCACAGAUCUGUAUGGUUCCCUCAGAUUGCUUCUAUCUUUUCAGGUAAAAGACACAAGACAUUGCACUUCAGAGUGGCAAGCCCAUCUAGAGGCAUUCCUGCGCACAUUCACUUUGGCUAAUGCCGGGAUACAAAUCCACCUCAAGCUCAAAAUCAACCAGGAGACCUCACUGCGGGAAUUUAGUGUCAAGGUCAAGAGAAGAGUUGCACUGGUGGACCAACUGUUACUGACCCUGGACGUCACCUGCUCUGCACCGCCUCCGUGGUGUGUGAAGAAAGGGUGCUGGUGUGUGAGAGGACACCCUGCUAUAGGAGGCAGGUUGCCACUCAGCAUCCCACCACAAACCAUGGAGCAGGGCCUCUUUGGGGAUCUGAGUGUUCAGGUGGUUACACACCUGACCCCCUGUCUGCUGCCAUACCCCAAUGUGGCAACAGAACUUACUCACAUACAAGUGUUGGUAUACAACCCCAGUAACAUUCCUGUCAUUGGCCCCUCUGGCUUCUUUCAAAAACUUCCUGCUGUUCUGGACUGUCAAGAGCUGGGACUAGAUAGACUUUACUGCUCUUCUUUCAAAGAUCUUGUGUAUAGCGGCGGUACUGUGUACACAGUAGAGAAAGACAGCUGGGAUGAUCCAGAGCAGGAAUCAAGUCUUCCCACAGUGCAGCAGAGUCUCCUGCUUUUCUUCUUCUUACAGCAUAGUGACCCCUUCACCUCCCAGCUCACUGAUCUUAUGGCCACCGAGAUGUUGAUAGAGCUCCACCUGGAGGACAUUCUGAACAACAACAGGCAGGCCCUCGUAGCAGCCGUGCAGACUGAGCUGAAGAACACACUGAAAUCACAAAAUCACAGAAAAAAGCAACAAGAGAAGCUGCACGCAGCUGCUGAGGUGAUUCUCAGUUCGUCCAUGAGUAUUGUGAGUAGCAGCAGUAGCAUGGACUUCAGAAAUGCCUGUCUGAGCCGCAUGAAGGUACAUGACACACAUGAAUUGGCAGCCUCCCUCCGUGAAUCACUGUGGAGAGUGACAUCAUGGAAAUUCGUUCCCAAGGCAAAGUGCUUUUCUACUAAGAUAUCUUCAAUCAAUGACGGGCUGCUGCUGCUGACCUUCUGCAAGGACACAACUACCCACUCCAGAGACUUCCUGCCAGCAGCAGAGCAGUAUCAUUAA